AUGUCAAUCAUAGUCAGAGAAGGCAACACUUACUACCAACUCGAGCUCAACUACGAUACAAUCCCUGGUGUCUUAGCUAUACCCGCUUCCACGUUGUUUUUGGACUUUAAGAUUUACAUCAAUUCACAUCUUGUGACAGUGGUGGACAAUGAUGAGUUGGUAAGGAGUUUGGCCGCUAGAUUCCAGCCAUUUUGGAACCACUGCCUAUAUGAUUCAUCCAUCAACAUAUCAGACACGCCAGCCGUCACCUUUACCCUUGUCUGUAAAGACACAGUUUUUGCAUCAAACAGAUUGCCCAAGAUUCACUCCAUACAGUUUCGUCUUUCUGUAUUGACACUUGACUCCGAGAUCAAUUUGGAGACUCUCUUAGUUGCAUUCAACUACUUAAUGGUAUCGUGGGUCUUGAAUGAAGAGUUACAAUACCCGGCCAUUUUUUCCCCAACGGGUCGCCAAUUUAUCAAACUCAAUUUGUUUUGGUACAAGAAAAUGUACUACGAGGUAUUAGAAACUCACUUAGACGACGAAGAAAAAGUCAUUUCAAGUUACAUCGACAUUGUUAAAGUACAUUAUACCACUAUGAAGUUGAUGAGUGGUGCCGAAACCUUGUUUGACUCUACGAGGAGCAACAGGGGGAGAAAAUGUAUCUUCGAGAAAUGCCCUUUGAGUUUAGUCGUUUGUGCCCAUUCUGACUCAAGCUGA